CACACAAAGGUGAAGCGGGGAAGAAGAAUUGGAUGACACAGUGAGGGACGGAGGGAGGGACUGAAUUACCAUAGAAACUGCUCAGACUGUUCGGAGAAGCAGCAGAAAAAGGUGAAAGCUGAAGUGGUCCAACUGUCAAGGUCACUGUCACCGAUCACCCAAACUGCUGUCACACCGAUAUCACUGCUGAUGUCUUCUUCUUUUAAAUAACCAGGAAAAAAACUAUUUUAAAAGCUGCUGACGCCGCUGCACUGCGGUGCAAAACAACCUUUUGGAUGUUUUUGCAUUUUCUUGUGGUUAUUCUGAUGGGCGACAGAACGGGAGCCAUAUGGAGUAAAAAGUCAUCGCUGGUCUCAGGUGAACACCCACUCAUGGAUCUGACCAUCUGAAAAUCACUCCAUCCCUCACAAUGUCAUCCAGAGGUGGACUUCUUCCCAACAUCUCGGUACUCAAUGACUUACUCACGACCACUCUACCUCCGUCUUGCAGCAUAGACGAGUCCUACAAGUACAUCUUCCUCCCAAUCUGUUACUCCUUCACCUUCCUCUUCAGCAUCACCCUCAACUCCGUCAUCCUGUACCGCUCCUUCCGCCGCACCAAGCGCUGGAACGCCUCCCUGAUCUACAUGGUGAACCUGGCCUCCACGGACUUCAUGUACGGCCUGUCGCUGCCGUUCCUCGUGGCCAGUUACGUCAUGCGCGACCGCUGGGUCUUCGGAGACUUCAUGUGCCGCCUGGUCCGCUUCCUCUUCUACUUCAACCUCUACUGCUCCAUCUUCUUCCUCACUUGCAUCUCCGUCCACAGGUACCUCGGCAUCUGCCACCCGAUGAAAGUCAUCACGCUGGAGACCAAGAAGGCCGUCAAGUGCACAUGUGUUCUGGUUUGGAUCGUGGUGUUUGCGUUGACCUGCCCCAUCUUCCGGUUUGCUCAGACUGGUCAUUUGACGAGAUCGGGAGGGCUUGGCGGCAACGCGAGCAGCGUCGACAACCCAAGCCACGAGGUAUCGUCAAUGAACGCCAGCUACGGCAACACGUUAGGGGUAAAUGAGGAGUACCAGAACUGUUGGGACGACGCCAUAGAUAAGGAGUUUCCUGAUUACGUACCCUACGGCAUCAUACUCCAUGUGCUGGGCUUUUUUCUGCCUUUUUCCAUAAUCGCUUGGUGUUACUCUCACGUCGUUCUGACCAUAUUUAAGACUCUGCACUCUCAGCCCUCAUCCUGCAGAGCUCGGAGAGACGGAGGACACGAAGGACUAGAGAGACGUAGCCCUGCGAUACUCGUAAGAGGAAGAAGAGGAAGCAACGGCCUGUCGAGGACGCUGGGAAGAGACGAAGGGAUGUCCAUUUUUCUCGGAGCCCACUCCCCUUACGCCAAUCGCAGACGUAAAUCCAUCAGAACCAUCAUCACCAUCACCCUUCUCUUCGCUCUGUGUUUCUUCCCCUUCCACGUUACCAGAACCAUCUUCCUCCUGCUGAAAGUGACCAAAGGCGUCCCGUGUCACACCAUGACCAUGGUCUCCAUGUGCUACAAGAUCACGAGGCCUUUGGCGUCGUUCAACGCGUGGCUCAACGCCCUCCUCUACUUCCUGACUAAAGACAAGGGCGGAGCUCACUGCUGCCAGGCGGUGAACACCACCACCGCCGCCACCGCCACCACCCCCACACAGCAACACGGCGGGCUCCUGUUGCCGCUGAGGAUGAUGGGAAAAGGAGAGGACGCAGAGGAGGGUGAAGACAGGAUUGACAAUAAGGAGAAUAAAGCGUUUCACAGUCCAUUGUACAUGAGCAGAGCAAAAGUCAGAUAUAUAGUUGAGUAAAUGUUUUUUCAUGAGGAAUGAAUUUUAGAUGCACUGUUCUGUAGGUGUUACUGGAAAAUAAAAUAUAUGGUAACACUUCACUUUACAGGUCCGCAAAUUUCAUUUUAAUUAGGUGAUAAUUAGCAAGUUUUUUCUUUGGAAUUACUGCCAAAUUACCCCAGUAUUUACCUCACAAUGUAUCGAAAAUAACUUUAUUAUAAACAUGAUUUAAUAAUUAUAUGCUAAAAUAGCAUAUAAUUGUUAAAAUAGGGCCCUUAAGCUUGAGAAGCGGCUGCUCUUCAUCGGAGGUGGAAAACUAAUAGAAGACACUUCUGAUCAGGUACAAAUCUCACCAUUACCUGACAGCUAAUGUUUUUUUAAAGAAAUUUCAAAGAAGUAAUUUGCUUAUUAUUAUUAUUUUUAUUAUUUUUAUUAUUUUUUAUUCUUCUUCUUUAUUAUUUUUAUUCUUCUUU